GAGGCGUGCUUGUUUCUCUGACCUCCGGUCAGAGGAGGAGGAGGAGGAGUGGGGACACCCAGCCGAGAUUCUGAGGAAGAAUUUGCUGUCAGAGCGAGGCUUGCUAGGAUAGUUCUUUAAGGUUGGCUGUCGAGGAUGAGGAAGAGGCAGGUGAGACGGGUGUGUGUGGUUCUGUCCAAUAAACAGCGUCUGGACUGCAUCGUCAGGGUGAGUCCUAUCAGGGUGAGCUCCAUAGGUAGACAGGUGUUGGAUCAUGUGACCUUGAUGUGUGGCGUGAGGUCGCUCCAAAUCUUUGGUCUCGCCAUUUUCCUAGAACAUGAGUAUCUGUUUGUGGAUUUGGACCAGAAUCUGGGAACGUACUUUGGAAAAGAAUGGAGGAGAACUUCAACGAAGGGCACAUUUCUUCUAUUUCUAAGGGUGCAGCACUAUGUGGAGAGUGUCGAACUAAUCAAGGACAGUACAUCACAAGAGCUGUAUUACAGCGAUCUGAGACGGAAGAUGUUAGAUUCUCUAUGCGACCAGCAGGAGUUGCUGUUCCUCCAGCUGGCGGCUGCGGCGCUACAAGCCGAGAUGGGGGACGCUGAGGAGCAGAUUCUGGGAGACGGGGAUGAGCAAAAUGGAAAAGAGAACACAAUCGUUUCGGAGAAGAAACAAAACCAGAAUUAUUUUCUUCCUGAAGAUUAUUUUCCAUCUUGGCUGAUCAGGCAUCGCGGCCGUGACUUCCUCCUGCGGCACGCCGGCGCCCUGCACACCACGCUCCGAGGGCUGGUCCGCCCCCGGGCCAUCCGGCGCUUCAUAGAGGACGCCAGCGCCCUGCAGGACGUCCCCGUCACUGUCUACACCCUGAGACAGGACAAAAGGGAUGUGAGAGGGUGCGUGCACCUCGCUGUGACCUUGAAGGGCUUAUGUGUUCAUCAGGAGGUGGAGGGAAAACUGCACCUCCUGUAUGACUGUACCUGGAAGGAGAUCCACAGCCUCACCUUCAGAGGUAAGAGGUUUGAGGUGCAGACCGGGGGGCGGCUUGGGGUGGUCUCACUGAUGGUGUACUACACCGCCUCCCCCUGCCACUCCAGGCUCCUCCUGCGACACCUGCAGCAGACCCACCGCUUCCAGCUCGACAACCGGGGGACCCAGCGGCCCGACACCGGAGCUCGCGUUGGUCAGCUGUACCGGGAGGCGUCCAUCUGUGACCUAGCCUGGCUAGGAGAGAGGCUACGUUGCGCUAGCAGCAGCAGCCUCACCACAUACAACUCUGUAUACAACAGCGACCACACAACCCCCAAGCCGUCGCCCAGAGACAGGGCUGGAAGACCUCCUGUGAUUGCAGAGGUGGAGAUGUCAGUGGAUGACCCACCAGAGAUUCUGGUGGAUGGUGAUCGAGAACUCCUGGUGGAUGACCCAACCCAGGUCCCGUGGCUUGCAGAUGGUCUUUGUGUGUCGUGGGUGUGGUCAGGCCACCAGUGACCUCCUCCUACUGGGUAGCUGUGUGCCUCCUCUCUUUGUCGAACUGGAUUAAAAAUUAAAAAUUCCAGGGGUCACUGAUUAGUUAUCACCUGUGAUACAUCUAAAUUGGCUUAUCCAGAUAUGACACAGAGCACCGUACUUUAGAAUUGACCGCUCUUACAUCUUACCUAGAACCUCUUUAACAGUGCCAGGAUUAGGGGUUUGACAUAGACUGGCCCCGCCCAUUCUGCCGGCGAUUUGAGUUCUCCCUGCACAAGGGUUUGAAGAAGAGCAAUACAUUUCUUUCUGCUUCCAAUACGUUUUUUCGGGAGCCAAUCACCAAGUUGGCUUUUCCCCUUGGCGUACUAUUGGCUGGUUUAACACAAUGACGACAGGGCUGAAGAAAAUGACGGCAGAUUCCCCAGACCAAAGUGCAAUCUACGAUUGAGCUUGGUCUGGAAAUAGCCAGGCUAGGUUUGACACCAUAUUGGGACUAACCACGUUCAAACGUAUGCACUCAAAUUGGCAUAUAUUUAUUAUUAUACAGGGAUACAAACUAAAUUAUUCUGAUGACCGUGUUAUUUUUAAAUUAAGUUUAAGUAUUAGAUAAGAAAAUGACACUAUGAUGUCGGUCUGUCUGAUGCUGUGGUGGUGUGUUCAUCUCAUUCUCUGCCGUUUGUUUUUCAGAAAUGACCCUGGAAAUGAAAUAUUGGGGUACAAUAGAUGCAUAACAUUAGAUUAAAAUAAGUUUAAAUAACUAUUGCAAUAGAUUACAUUCAAAACUGUACCAUAGAUUCCUUUGCCAUAGGUUUUCUUUUAUAAUUCCAUUUAAAGACAUCAUACAUAAACCACUAUGAUGUUGUUUAUGUAUGGGGUGUGCAUGGCGUGGAAAGGCCAGUUUCAUCUUACCGCAACCUUCAAACACACAGACCAUUCACAGCGCUUUACAUGGACAGGAAUCAAAUUUCUAAAGAAUUAAAAGGGAAAUCUAAAUAAAAAAGGGAAAGAAUUAGAAGCGUUCGUUUUGUACCCAGUAACAAAUGCAGGUUCUACUAACUGAAGUUCAAAUGGAGUCCUUCCUCUGCUCUCUGAAGGUGCUGAAGAGGAAGGUCCUCACUGGGAUUUCUGUGGACUAAAGAAAUGUCAUCCAAUAUCACAAGCCCUGACAUGAUAUUCAAUUCAUAAAUACCCAGCCUUUUAAUCUCUAACUUUAUGAAUCAUGCCAGGUUGUCAUGAUGUUAAUGUUAAUAAUGUUGGUAUUAUUGGCCUGAAUUCUCAAAGGUAAUGUUCAGGCCUGUUUUGACCUUUUCAAAUUUGGACACAUCCACAUGAGAUCAACUCCACCAGGAGUUUAGAUUGAUCAUUAUUACUAUUAAAGUAUUUGAGACAUUUUACACCUCGUUAUUUUUUUUGUUUACUCUCUUGGUAAAGAGUGGGGGUGUUAUUGACAACAUUGAUAAACAACGCUGUUUUUUAAGGAUUGCUGCAGGUGAUCAGCACAGAUCAGCGCAGUCUGGGCAUACAAAGACAAUCAUAGAUAAUUUACGGAAAAUAAACAUCCAUGACACUUUCCAUGUCCUGAUUGAUGGCCUAGCAACCCAAUACUGCAAUCGAGCAAGCUGCUACCUCAUGGGCAGUAUUCCCUAUGAUUCACACUGCUUCCUCAUGGGCAGUAUAUUCCCUAUGAUUCCCAUUGCUUCCUCAUGAGCAGUAUACUAGUCGCCUAGACAUGAGGAUUAAACAUUUGCCUUGUGCAGUAGUCCCUAACAAUGACAUACAUAAUAGACAAAAAUAGACUGUAUUCCGCAAGGAAUUAUUAAUGACCCCAAUUUAUACAGGAAAUAUCAAUCUUCUGCUGAUUUGUUGGGAAUUCCGAUUUGUUUUUGUUGGUGAUAUGAUUGACAUUGCAUGCCAUCUUCUGUCCCCUCCACUCUCCUGUUCUCCUCUACUUGUUUGCCCUCCUCCUGGUCUCCACGCCUCCCUGUCUCCACUCUCCUCCUCUCGUUUCCUUGCCUCCUCUCCCUCUUCUCUCCUUGGUUGUGGUUGGAUAGUCAAAAACAUUACGUCCUGUCCUUUCUUCACCUCUUUUUUUUUUUACCGCAAUGAAAAGUCAAGGAAAAAUGUGGAGGUGUCUGAAACACAGGGCAAACUCUACACCUUGUCCUAUAAAACACAAUAAAAUAACUUCCUUUGU